CUGCCGCCCCAGGGGCCGGGGGGCUACGCUCAGGACAACAUGCAUCAGAUGCACAAGCCCAUGGACUCGAUGCACGAGAAGGGAAUAACCGAGGAUCCUCGCUACAGCCAGAUGAAAGGGAUGGGGAUGCGGCCCGGCGGGCACGCGGGAAUGGGUCCUCCUCCCAGCCCCAUGGAUCAGCACUCUCAAGGUUACCCUUCUCCGCUCGGCGGUUCCGAGCACGCCUCCAGUCCGGUUCCGGCUAACGGUCCAUCCUCUGGCCCUCAGAUGUCUUCGGGUCCCGGAGGAGUCCCCCUGGACGGCACUGACCCCCAAGCUUUGGGGCAACAGAACCGGGGCCCGACCCCUUUUAACCAGAACCAGCUGCACCAGUUGCGAGCUCAAAUCAUGGCCUACAAGAUGCUGGCCCGCGGCCAGCCGUUGCCCGACCACCUUCAGAUGGCCGUGCAGGGCAAGCGACCCAUGCCUGGAAUGCAGCAGCAAAUGCCGACACUACCUCCGCCCUCCGUGUCCGGGACAGGACCAGUGCAAGGACCAGUGCAAGGGCCUGGACCGGGACCAACACCUCCAAACUAUAACAGACCUCACGGGCGGCUGCAAGCUCGCAUUGCUCACAGAAUCCAAGAGCUGGAAAACCUUCCUGGCUCCCUGGCCGGCGACCUGAGAACCAAAGCUACCAUUGAACUUAAAGCACUGAGGCUGCUCAAUUUUCAGCGACAGCUGCGUCAGGAAGUUGUGGUGUGCAUGAGGCGAGACACAGCCUUGGAGACGGCCCUCAACGCCAAGGCCUACAAGCGCAGCAAGCGGCAGUCCCUGCGCGAGGCUCGCAUCACCGAGAAGCUGGAGAAGCAGCAGAAGAUCGAGCAAGAACGGAAACGCAGGCAGAAGCACCAGGAAUACCUCAACAGCAUUCUCCAGCACGCUAAGGAUUUCAAGGAAUACCAUCGCUCCGUCACGGGCAAAAUCCAAAAGCUGACCAAGGCGGUGGCUACCUACCACGCCAACACGGAGCGCGAGCAGAAGAAGGAAAACGAGAGGAUCGAGAAGGAGCGAAUGCGCCGUUUGAUGGCGGAGGAUGAGGAGGGGUACCGUAAGCUCAUCGAUCAGAAGAAGGACAAGCGCUUGGCCUACCUGCUGCAGCAGACGGACGAGUACGUCGCCAACCUGACGGAGCUGGUGCGGCAGCACAAGGCCGCGCAGGUGGCCAAGGAGAAGAAGAAGAAGAAGAAAAAGAAGAAGGCAGAGAACGCCGAAGGGCAGACUCCGGCGAUCGGACCAGAUGGCGAACCGCUGGACGAGACGAGCCAAAUGAGCGACCUCCCCGUCAAAGUGAUCCACGUGGAGAGCGGCAAGAUCCUCACCGGCACCGACGCGCCGAAAGCCGGGCAGCUGGAAGCCUGGCUGGAGAUGAACCCCGGGGGAGUCCCGGCAUAUGAAGUAGCUCCGAGAUCUGACAGUGAAGAAAGCGGAUCAGAAGAGGAGGAGGAGGAGGAGGAAGAGGAGCAGCCGCAGCCUGCUCAGCCUGCCCUGCCCGUGGAGGAGAAGAAGAAGAUCCCCGAUCCGGAUAGCGACGACGUCUCGGAAGUGGACGCCAGACACAUUAUCGAGAACGCUAAGCAAGACGUUGACGAUGAAUACGGGGUGUCUCAGGCGCUGGCGAGGGGCCUGCAGUCGUACUACGCCGUGGCCCACGCCGUCACCGAGCGGGUGGACAAGCAGUCCACGCUGAUGGUCAACGGCGUCCUCAAGCAGUACCAGAUCAAAGGUUUGGAGUGGCUGGUGUCGCUGUACAACAACAACCUGAACGGCAUCCUGGCGGAUGAAAUGGGUCUGGGCAAAACCAUCCAGACCAUCGCUUUAAUCACAUACCUCAUGGAGCACAAACGGAUCAACGGACCCUUCCUCAUUAUAGUACCUCUCUCAACUCUGUCGAAUUGGGCGUACGAGUUUGACAAAUGGGCUCCUUCCGUGGUGAAGGUCUCGUACAAGGGCUCUCCGGCAGCAAGACGGGCAUUCGUACCUCAGCUCCGAAGCGGGAAAUUCAAUGUCUUGCUCACCACUUACGAAUACAUCAUCAAAGACAAGCACAUCCUGGCCAAGAUCCGCUGGAAGUACAUGAUCGUGGAUGAGGGCCACAGGAUGAAGAACCACCACUGCAAGCUCACCCAGGUCCUCAACACCCACUACGUGGCCCCGCGCCGCCUGCUGCUGACGGGAACCCCCCUGCAGAACAAGCUGCCCGAGCUGUGGGCGCUGCUCAAUUCCCUCCUGCCCACCAUCUUCAAGAGCUGCAGCACGUUCGAGCAGUGGUUUAACGCUCCUUUCGCCAUGACGGGUGAAAAGGUGGAAUACGUGCUCAAAUGCGACAUGUCGGCGCUGCAGAGGGUCCUCUACAGACACAUGCAGGCCAAGGGGGUGCUGCUGACCGACGGCUCCGAGAAGGACAAAAAGGGUAAAGGCGGUACGAAAACCUUAAUGAACACCAUCAUGCAGCUGCGGAAGAUCUGUAACCACCCCUACAUGUUUCAGCACAUUGAGGAAUCCUUUUCCGAGCACUUGGGGUUCACGGGCGGGAUCGUGCAAGGGCUGGAUUUGUACCGUGCCUCGGGCAAAUUUGAGCUCCUGGACAGAAUUCUCCCCAAACUGCGAGCCACCAACCACAAGGUGCUGCUCUUCUGCCAGAUGACCUCCCUCAUGACCAUCAUGGAAGAUUAUUUUGCUUAUCGCGGAUUCAAAUACCUCAGGCUGGACG